AUGCAUGUCUCCGCCUAUUCCUUACGUGUCCCCGCCUUAGUCUGCGUGUGACCCUUGGCGGGCGGUGUUGGUGCGUUCUGUGUUGUCGCUAACUCCUGUCAAGUGAGUGUGGUUCCGGUGUGAGACUUUCAGGUGCUGCCUGAUUCCACUGGUGCCAUGGCUCAUGCACAGCAAGGAGGUCUGCCUGCCGUUCAGGCCGGGCUGAGAGAGGCCCUGCUUGACACUCUGAAUGGCAUCCUUUCUCCCGGACACGAGGUGCGAUCGGCUGCCGAGGAGCAGUUGAAAGUGCUGGAAGUGACAGAGGAGUUUGGAGUGCAUUUGGCAGAGCUGACGGUUGAUCCAAGGGGUGCUCUUGCUAUCAGACAGUUGGCGUCAGUAAUUCUUAAGCAGUAUGUAGAGAAUCAUUGGUAUUCUCUUUCUGAGAAGUUCAGAUUGCCAGAAACAACAGAACGGGCCAAAACUGCAAUUCGCCAGCUACUCCCUACAGGGCUGCGAGAGUCUAUCAGUAAGGUGCGCUCUAGUGUUGCUUAUGCUGUGUCUGCCAUUGCACACUGGGACUGGCCUGAGGCAUGGCCUCAGUUGUUCAACUUGCUUAUGGAGAUGCUGGUGAGCGGGGAAGUCAAUGCAGUGCAUGGAGCAAUGAGAGUGUUGACAGAGUUCACAAGAGAAGUGACAGACACACAAAUGCCUCUGGUUGCCCCUGUUAUUCUUCCAGAAAUGUACAAGAUAUUUACCAUGUCAGAGGUUUAUGGAAUUCGAACUCGCUCUCGUGCAGUUGAGAUCUUUACCACAUGUGCCCAUGUGAUUUAUACCAUGGAAGAGCUUGAGAAGGGUGUUGCCCAUGCACUGAUCUUCCCAGUUGUGCAACAGUUUACAGAAGCAUUUGUACAGGCACUACAGAUGCCUGAUGGUCCAACUUCUGACAGUGGCUUAAAGAUGGAGGUGUUAAAGGCGGUGACUGCUCUCGUGAAGAAUUUCCCUAAACACAUGGUGUCCUCAAUGCAGCAGAUCUUGCCUAUUGUGUGGAAUACUCUAACAGAGAGUGCAGCAUUCUAUGUUAGGACAGAAGUAAAUGACACAGAAGAUAUUGAAGAUCCUGUUGAUUCAGAUGGAGAGGUUUUAGGUUUUGAGAACCUAGUUUUUAGUAUCUUCGAAUUUGUGCAUACGUUACUUGACAGCAAGUUUAAAGGGACGCUCAAGAAAGCACUUCCAGAGUUAAUUUAUUACAUUAUCCUGUACAUGCAGAUAACAGAGGAACAGAUAAAAGUUUGGACAGCAAAUCCUCAACAAUUUGUUGAGGAUGAAGAUGAUGAUACUUUUUCAUAUACUGUCCGUAUUGCAGCUCAGGAUCUGCUGCUAGCAGUUUCCAGUGAAUUUCAAAAUGAGAGUGCUGUGGCUCUGGCAGCUUCAGCCACACGUCAUCUUCAGGAGGCUGAGCAAUUCAAGGCUCAAGGAGGAGAACAUUGGUGGAAGAUACAUGAGGCCUGUAUGCUGGCUCUUGGGUCCGUAAAGUCUGUGAUCAUAGAAGGCGUUCAGAGUGGACGGGUUCAGUUUGAUAUGCAUGGAUUCCUAACUGGUGUCAUUCUUUCAGAUCUCAACCUUUCAGUAUCCCCAUUCCUUCUGGGACGUUCUCUCUGGGCUGCAAGUCGCUUUACAGCAGCAAUGUCUCCUGAACUGAUACAGCAAUUCCUUCAGGCAACAGUUAGUGGAAUGCAUGAUAACCAGCCACCAUCUGUACGCAUUUCUGCUGUCAGAGCCAUUUGGGGGUACUGUGAUCAGCUUAAAAUCUCAGAGAGUACCCACGUGUUGCAGCCAUUUCUACCAAGUGUUCUUGAUGGUUUGAUACAUCUUGCAGCUCAGUUUACAUCUGAAGUGCUGAAUCUGGUAAUGGAGACGUUAUGUAUUGUAUGCAGUGUAGAUCCAGCUUUCACUGCCAGUGCAGAGGCCAAGAUCUGCCCCUUCACCAUCGCCAUAUUCCUGAAGUACAGCAAUGAUCAUGUGGUGGCAUCUUUAGCUCAGGACAUUUUCAAGGAGCUGGCUCAAAUACCCCAAUGCCAAAAUCCCAUGCAGAUGAGGCUUAUACCGACUUUGGUUAGCAUUAUGCAAGCACCUGCUGAAAAGAUACCAUCUGGACUCUGCGCAACUGCAAUUGAUAUUUUAACUACAGUGGUGAGGAACACUAAACCACCACUUUCUGAGCUGCUAAUCUGUCAGGCCUUACCUGCUGUGGCCCAGUGCACCCUUCGAGCAGAGGAUAAUACAAUCAUGCAGAAUGGUGGGGAGUGCCUUCGCGCUUACGUGUCUGUGGCUCUUGAGCAAGUUGCUCAGUGGCGUGAUGAACAAGGACACACUGGGCUUUGGUAUGUGAUGCAGGUAGUCAGUCAGCUGCUGGAUCCUCGUACAUCAGAAUUUACAGCAGCUUUUGUUGGACGUCUUGUAUCUACACUCAUCUCCAAAGCUGGUCGUGAGCUGGGAGAAAAUCUGGACCAGAUCCUAAGAGCAAUCCUUAGCAAGAUGCAGCAGGCAGAGACACUCAGCGUUAUGCAGUCUUUGAUCAUGGUAUUUGCACAUCUUGUACACUCACAGUUGGAACCUCUACUUGAGUUUCUAUGCAGUCUUCCUGGCCCAACUGGAAAACCAGCUCUUGAGUUUGUAAUGUCUGAGUGGAUGAGUCGGCAGCAUUUGUUUUAUGGGCAAUAUGAAGGCAAAGUCAGCGCUGCGGCUCUGUGUAAGAUCCUCCAGUACGGAAUAACUGUUGAUGACAAGAGGCUACAAGACAUUAAAGUCAAAGGAGAUGAAAUAUUCAACAUGGAGGAGGGAAUUCGCACGAGAUCAAAGACUUCCAGAAAUCCUGAAUGUUGGACAACUAUACCCCUGCUUGUGAAGAUAUACAAAUUAAUAAUUAAUGAAUUGUCCACUGUGAUGGAGGCGAAUGCUACUCGUAAUACAGAAGAAGAGUGGAUUCAGGGGAAUGGUGCAGAUGACGCUAAUGAUAUGUGGGAAGAUGAAGAUGCGGAAGAUGAAGGUCUGGCAGGGCAACUCCUUUCUGAUAUCCUCUCCAGCAAUAAAUAUGAUGAUGAUUAUUAUGAAGAUGAUGAAGAGGAUGAUCCUGAUGUCCUGAAGGAUCCUCUAUAUCAGAUUGAUUUACAGACCUACCUGACAGAUUUUCUGAGGCAGUUUGCUCAGCAACCAUGUUUUUCUGCAUUCUCUCAACAUCUCACUGACAAUGAGCGACGAACCCUCCAGUCAAUUGCUAUCUGAAUUCCCCAGCUAUGGAAUGAUGCCCGGUGCCAUCCCAAUGAUAUUAAAAGGGCUGCCUGGCAAUAUGACGUGGACUAAUGACGGCCUUUCCUGAGACACCCUCUCGAUGCUCUGAAGUGAAUUUGUCAUAAGUUUGUCCUUUAAAAGCCUCACUUGGGAAUCUUCUCACUCCAUUAUCAUUCCCGGACAAGUAAAUGAAGCAGGUGCAAAGAGGUGGCUGCAAAGCACUUGGCAAAGUUUCUCUGGGUGCAGUUCCCCCUCAGGAAGUGUUACAGAUGCUGCAGUGUCAAAACAAGACUGAUUAUUUUCUUCAGAUGAACCACACAAUCACAUCACCAUCUUUUCAGCCUACUUUGUGUCUGUGCACUCUUAAUACUUGUGGAAUAUCAGUGUUACCUUCCCUUUCUCCUUUAAAUUAUAACAUAGUGCCUUGUGAUAAUGCAGGGUAAACACAUUAUAAAUGCUCUAUUCCACAUAGACCAAUGAUCUGUAUGUGUGUGUAUAGCACUGGUUUGCGAAAACCCAAUUUCUGUCUGCUAAACCCCUUUAGAAUAGGUAUAUUUCAUGUCAAGAAGUGAGAACAUUGGCUGUACAUGUAGCAGUGGUGCUCCUUCUGAAGACAGAAUGCCAUUUGGGAAGUCGACACCAACCUUCCGACUAAAAUGUACUUCACCUCAUCUUUGUAGACUACUUUCUGUUGCUUUUUUUUUUAAUUUACACAGACUGGAUUCUUCAGAUUAACCCAUUUUGCACAAAUCCUAAGGGGUUCGUGAACCAUUCAAGGCACCUUUACACUCAGAUUCAGGUGUAAACUGAUGUUUUUUUGCCUUUUUCCAAUCUGCGGUUUAACAACAAACAAUUUUAGAACAGGUGGCACUUGUAGCAACUGCUUUAUAACAAUGACUGAGAAGUUGCAGUUUUUAACUAAUCAGGUCAAAUAUAUCAAUCCAGAACUGCGAUCUAAACGCAGAGCCCUUUUUAAAGUGCUAAAAAUACCGUAAAAGUCUACAACAUCAGUUUCACAGUAACAAUAUUUAUCUACAGGGUGAAAAAAUGCAGUGAUGACAGUUAUGAAUUACAUUUCAUGAGGUAAAGUCAAUGCAUAAGACUUUACUGGUUUUGCCAGUGUGAGAUCUUUAUGGCAUUAGAGAAUGCUGAGGCUCAGCUAUAUCGCUUUUACAAUGAAAGCGUUUUAAAACAUUUAAUGGGUUGUGAUCAUGUCCAUGUUAACAAGCUGACAUGAGAACCGAGGUAAAAUAAAAUAAAAAGGUUGAUGUUUUA